AUGCUGGGACAUGAAAUUCAAGAUUUGAAGCGAAUCUCAACUUGGUUUCGGGAUUUACCUGGUGAAAAAGGAUUUGAUGAAGUGUUAUCGUCUUUAAAUCGUAUGGUAAUCACUAGCUCACAAGACGAAGUUUAUCGAGCGAAAUUGGCUGGCCAAGAAGAGAUUUGGAUCAACAUUGGUAAUUGCCUUGACGAAUUUUCUGAAGCGGUUACAAGCAUCCCCGAAAUUAAAGAUUGUUCCGUCAGGAUCGUUAGAGGCAUAGUUUUACUCGCUCGAAAUCUGGCGGUCCAUGACAAGAAAAUUACACAAGAACUUUCCAUUGUUACAAAAUCUAUCAACACUUUUAACAACCUGGCAGCUGUCAGCAGUCACAGUGACAUGAAGGCGGCUCUUUAUUUAACCAUGUUGGAAUUUUUCUGCAAUGCAUUUAAAAGUGUCCCAGACGUCACAGAAGUUGACUUCAAUAACUUAACCUUGUUUCUGCUCUAUCCGUUAGAAGAGGACAUGGAUAUUUCAAGAGAAGAGCGUUUUUUAGUUUUAUUGAACAUCUUGGCAUCACAGGAAAACUCUCUCUCCAGAAUGUUGAAAUCGGGGGAUUCCUUAGAUGUUUUCUCUACUGUCAUAGUGCGUGAGAUUUUGUUGAAAACGUUGGAAAUAUCAGCUUCGAACGACCACUCAGCGCAUCAAAAUUUUCCCUCGCGAACUCUUUUGGCAAUAUCAGUGUUCAAGAAGUUCGUAUGCCAUGAAUCGUUUGCUAUUUAUAUUUUAAGCCUUCAAGCGAACGACGAGCAAAGGCUGUUAAACUAUUUGAAAGCUAGCCAACUCGUUUUAACCAGCACAUCCGAUUGGAAUAAUCACGAAUUGACAGGGAUAAUGACAUGGUGCCUUGCAACUUUAAAAAAUUUAAACUAUGAUGUUCAGCGCUAUUUCAAACUUGAGCAAGACAGUGAAGAUCAUGCGCUUCCUCUCCAUCAGAAACUUUUGGCCACUUUAGACAUUUUGACUGCACUUUCACAGUUUGAGCAAGUCCGGCAAUACAUGUCAUUUUACAACGGAAUUGAGGUCAUAAUAGAUAUAUUGCGCUGCUUGCAUGAGAAUGCAAUUAGGUUUCAGAUCAUCAGAAGCACGGCUGGGCAAGUUUCAAAAAUCAAAGCUUUUAAUAACAUGGGUCGUAGAAUUGAGGACCCGGAAAAAUUCAAAAAGAGAAUUGAUUCUGUCACAGGUAAGAUAAAUGCGACGAAUUUCCCAGAGUGUAAGCUUCUUUUGGUCGAAGUUUUGAGCUUUCUUGUAUUCGAGCAAACAAAAGCCCAGGAUGCUGUGAGAGAAGCUGGUGGCCUUCAAUUGAUCUUGUCCAACUGCUUGAUUGAUGAUAAUGAUCCGUUCAUCAAAGAGCGUUGCAUUACUUGCAUCAAAUUUCUACUACAAAAUAACACUGAGAACCAAAAUAUCGUGAGAGAUUUAGAGGCUCAAUCUGUGGUUCAGGACGACGCUCUUGAGGCCGCAGGUUUACAAGUUUCAUUGGAUAGCUCAGGUAAGCUUUUCAUCAAUGAACCCCGGGAGUGA